UCAGACAUUUUUCAAAAACAUCUGGCAUCUCUUAGAAGGACAAAACGUCAUUAGUUUCGUAUUUUUCAUCAGAGGAGCACCAUAGAAAUAGGAGUAUUUCGUAGAUACCACUUUAUAAUAUUUCCUAUAACAUUUGUAGCGUUAAUUGGUAAAUCAAUUACUUUUGCAAAAUGUGCUGAUAUUGAUACAGAAAGUUCUUCAUUGUGAUUUUGUUGCGAAUAAAUUAUUAAGAGUGCUCUGGAAAGCAGAAAAGCCUUUGGCACGAAUCUGUCGGUGUGUGUGAGCGUUGUGCAAAAAAGGAAGCAAACCGAAAAAUUACAUAAAGAAAAAGAAACGUCGAAGCUCUUUAUUCGCCUGUAAAAUAGAACAAGCAGGAUUCGUCAGCUGAGCAAGUUUAACUUGUCCAGUCAUCGGACAUCCUUUACUUUUACUAAGGCCUACGAUAUUUCCAGAAUAAUCGGAAGUACUAAAAGACAGCAGCUGCUAGGAAAAAUAAAAUGUCAACUCCAGCUCGUAGACGUCUGAUGAGAGAUUUCAAACGACUUCAGGAAGAUCCACCGACUGGUGUUUCCGGUGCACCUACAGAUAAUAACAUCAUGAUUUGGAAUGCUGUGAUUUUUGGUCCUCACGACACACCAUUCGAGGAUGGGACUUUCAAGCUGACGAUAGAAUUCACUGAAGAAUACCCAAACAAGCCACCAACAGUUCGUUUUGUAUCGAAAAUGUUCCACCCCAAUGUAUACGCCGAUGGUGGCAUUUGCUUGGACAUUCUACAGAACAGAUGGAGCCCUACCUACGAUGUGUCAGCUAUUCUGACUUCAAUACAGUCUCUGCUCAGCGAUCCUAACCCAAAUUCACCUGCAAACUCCAUGGCAGCACAACUUUAUAAGGAAAAUCGCAGGGAGUAUGAAAAGCGAGUGAAAGCGUGCGUUGAGCAAAGUUUCAUCGACUAGCCCCAUUUCCCCAGAAACUAUUUCAAGUGUCGGUGUAGUUUUCCUCUAUCAGCAAAUCUUUGUUACCUAUUUUCCUUUGAAAAUUCCAUGCUAUUCAGUGUCCCGUUACAUCAGUCAUGAUUCUGACCAUUAAACGCGCUCUGAAAAUAUGUAAACAACUCUUAAUAAGAUCUACUCUUCAAACUCUCUGCAUGCAAAAGCUGGUAGUAGCAGGUAGCAACACACACAAGAAAAUUAUCACAGCUCAUAAUAUUAUAUGAGAAGGCAACUAAUUGCAAACACUAAUGAAUAUUCAGAUCAUGCCGUUAGUUCAUCGAUAGCUUAAAGGUGCCCUAUCCUGGAAAUAAGCUGCUCAUUUCUGAAACAAUAUCAUCCAACAAAGUUAGUGGUUGAAAGAAGUAAAAAGUGGAUACAGAAAGUUGCGUUAAAUACUAAAUUACUCAUAUGUAUGCAAAUUGAUGAUCAAAGCUAUGGCUACUACUAUAACAAACAAUAACAAGGAAAAAUAAAUUUAUUAUCGAACCAUGAACCGGUAUUUUCAAUAAUCAGAAAAUAAUGCAAUUUGACACAGAGAGCGUGUAGAAAAAAAAAACAAAAAGAUUAUUUAAACAAUAAAAUCAAUACUUUAACAAAACUUAAUGUACUACAAAAAUAAAGAAGAAGGAAUACAUAAAUUUAAAAUGUG